UGCGCAAGAGUUUAUAAACAAAACCGGUGUCUCCUAGUGGACAGUCAGUGGCCGACAAGCGUCUCGAGCGUUGUACUUAUACGACAAAAAAUUUAACACUCUGCUAUCAACGUAACAUAAUAAUCAUCUUAAAAAACAUGGAGAAGCUGUGCCUUUUUUUCGUAAUUGCUCUUUUCGCAUCCGCUCUGGGACAAGACGUACAAAAUCCAGAUGACUUAGAAGAUAGAUACGGUUUCCAAAAUUGGUUCCCAGGCCAGCAAAGGCCAAACCCACUGCCUCAAUUCCCUGGCCAGAAUCAGUUCCCUGGACAAAAUCAAUUUCCUGGCCAGUUCCCAGGUCAGAACCAAUUGCCAGGUCAGAACCAGUUCCCAGGUCAGAACCAGUUCCCAGGUCAGAACCAAUUCCCAGGUCAGAAUCAAUUCCCCGGUCAGAAUCAGUUCCCAGGUCAGAAUCAGUUCCCGGGUCAGAACCAAUUCCCCGGACAGAAUCAAUUCCCAGGUCAGAACCAGUUCCCCGGAUUUACAACUCAGAGACCACAAACAACUACAUCUUCCAGUAGCACCACAACUAUGUCGCCAUCUCAGCGUCAAUGCAUCAGCUCUUGUCCUGUGACAGCUGAAUACAACCCUGUCUGUGGAUCCGACGGUGUCACUUACACCAACCCUGGCAGGUUGACCUGUGCCCAAAUGUGUGGCGUUUCUGUGAACCUUCAAAGGUCAUCGCCCUGCCCCACCCCGCCACCAACCGUUGACGGCGUCCCGCAAACGCAAACCAAUUAAUUUAUUAUUUUAAUUUUAUAAUAGGACUGAAAUAAUUAUAACUUAAAAUAUUUUUGACAAUG